AGCUGAAUAUCCUGGUUGAUACGGGAAGCAGUAACUUUGCAGUGGCUGCAGCAGCACACCCCUUCAUCACACACUUCUUCAACACAGCACUGUGAGUCAGGCUCUCAUAUUUGCUCUCAGUGGAAUAGCUCUUUCUAUUGGGUCAAUGAGAGGGCUACAUUAUCCACACAUUAUAUUUGGUGGCCCAAAUAAUAUUAGAAAAUGCCUUAAUUCAACAACCAGUGUUUCACAUCAAUCUCAUUAGAAUUUAUACUACAAUCUGAUCGUGUUUAUUUUUGUUUAGAAUUGGCUCAGGCAUUCGUUUGAUAAGAUUGCUGGUUAAUCUCCAUGUCCCUCCCUGUGUUCAGCUCCAGUACGUACCAGUCCACUGGCAGGGCCGUGGCCGUCAAGUACACCCAGGGCAACUGGGAGGGCGAGCUGGGCACCGACCGCGUCCUCAUCCCCAGCAUCCCUGGCACCCUCACCAUCAACAUCGCCACUAUCCUCUCCUCCGACGGAUUCUUCCUCCCGGGGGUCAACUGGCAGGGCAUCCUGGGCCUGGCCUACCCACUGCUGGCUCGGGUAAAUGGGGAAGGGGGGGUGGUCCUGGUGCCCCCUGGGACUCUGGAUAUGAAGGAAGGGGUUCCAUGCCUAUCCCCAUGUCUGUUUGAUUUGGCACAGGGGUGUCCGUAAGCGUGGUGGGGCUUGAAGAGCUGCUGAAUGUUAUCAAAGAGCAAAUAAACUCAACCGGAGAAGGUUCACACAUGAUACUGUUCAGAAUGGAACUGUGAUCUCAUCAUCAGAACCAUGGGGCGUGAUGUGGCUUAGGCUAUUCUGAGCUGACACAAUGUAUGCCUUAUACAGAUUUUCAGGUCAACCAUUUAAAAUAAUUGACAUACAGUGACCACAAUGUACUGCGGAUCUCAACUUUUGUUCAGGUUCAGAUGAUUUGCAGAAUGUUCAUCACACAUCACAUGCAUAUAUCUGGCCCUUGACAUAUACACCAUGUGAAGUCAAGGUAUAGAGAGGGGGGAUCCUGUUUAGUCAGGGUGAUAACUGAUAAGACUUUCUCCUGUCAUUCUCUGUGCUUACAGCUUUACUAUUGACCAAUAGGACAGCCAAGACGUUACACUGUUUUACACUAAGUUAAUGACCAGAGUGUUUUGUGUUUAUGUCUCCUGUUUUUCAGCCCGACUCCUCGGUGGAGCCCUUCUUUAACGCCGUGGUGCGACAGACAGGCAUCCCAGAUGUGUUCUCCCUCCAGAUGUGCGGAGCUGGGCUGUCAGCCAGCACCACUGCCGAUCCCGCGGGGGGAAGUCUUGUGAGUAGUCAGGAGGAGAAAGCUAAAGGCUAUGAAUGGUAGGAGUGAAUGGUGGGGGGGAGACUUCCUUACAAAGGCUGGUUGUUGCACUGUAAAAGAGGAUGAUUAUUGAGGCUGUUCAUCUCACGCAAGCUAGGCAGACGCUUGGCAUAAUACUGCUCCCAACGCCCAGACCAGAUACAUCUUUCAAGGGCGGAUGAGACUGAGCGGCAUGGUGCUUCUCAGAAACAUGAUCACUAGCAAGUUUCUGCGCCUCUCAAUGUGUUUCCCCAUUGGACACCCAAUCUAGUUAGCGAGUGGCUAAUUAAGCUAAGAUAGCCCCCUGCCGAGAGCAGGUCUGUCGGUGUUAUAAGAGUGGUCGCGUUGGAGCCGACCACAUGAGUGAGAGGGGCAGAUGGGAGAGAUGGUGGGGUGUAAUCAGUGUCUGCAAUGCCAUACCAAACAUUGCCAAGGCAUACCAUUUUAGUUUUAUUAUAGUAUUCAGGCUAUCAUUGUAUUCAGUCAUUUGUAAAGUGAAUGAAAACCCAGUUUUGUUUCAGGUAAUGGGAGGGGUUGAACCAACAUUGUAUUCGGGGUCCAUGUGGUACACCCCUAUAAAGGAAGAGUGGUACUAUCAGGUGGAAGUAUUGAAGCUGGAGGUUGGGGACCAGAAUCUAAACCUGGACUGCAAAGAGGUAUGAGACAGACUGUCCCCUGUUGUUUUCUAAAUGGCUUUUUCUUGGUCUAAAUGGUUUGCAAGGUAUUUCAAUCUGCACAAUACAUCAGGUUUGAGGAACAAAGACUAACCUUGGCCCUAAGGCUGUUUGUAGUGAGCAUUCUUGCUGGAUUAGUCUAUAGUGCAAGUUUGGACAAAGGAUAUAAUGCAUGCCUGAGCUGAGAUAUGAGACUGUGCUAAACCUGUUAGUGAAGCCUUCCAGGAACCAAGGUGGACAUUUCAGCUUUUCCUUUGAUCAAGGUCUUCUGAAAGGAAAACAUGCAACAGAAGAAAAAAAAUCCCCUUUCUUUAUACAUCUUCCUCUCUCUCCUCUCCUUCUUUCUCCUCUCUCAGUACAACAAGGAUAAAGCCAUAGUGGACAGUGGAACCACUCUGCUGCGGCUGCCUGUGAAUGUGUUCAGUGCUGUGGUGGAGGCCAUCUCAAGAACAUCUCUGGUAUGUCAGCCGCUGUGCCCAUGGUCAAAUGACAAAGGACUUCUAGGAUAACCUGGUUGUCUGAGGACACUUCAGUAACUGUGUAGUCUGAGGACACUUCAGUAACUGUAUAGACUGAGGACACUGCAACUUAUUUCCUUUCCAUACAAUGGCUUGUAUUUAAUAAUAAUAUAAUAUAAUAUGCCAUUUAGCAGACGCUUUUAUCCAAAGCGACUUACAGUCAUGCGUGCAUACAUUUUUGUGUAUUUGUAUUUGUAUUUGUCCACCCCUAUAUGGCAACUUUGUUCUGGUCUACAGAUCUGAGAGAAAAUGUGUGGUUGUCUAUGUAAAAGUACACUUUUUUCACAACAGAGUAGUUUUGUUGGAGUCUUAACAAUCUGUCACUGUCUUUCUAUGGUCCAGAUCCAGGACUUCACCUCAGGGUUCUGGGGUGGUACUAAACUGGCCUGCUGGUUGAAGGGAGAGACACCAUGGAGGUUCUUCCCCAAACUGUCCAUCUACCUGAGAGCCACCAACACCAGCCAGUCCUUCAAAAUCUCCAUCCUCCCUCAGGUGACAACAAAUGUCCCCCAUGUUGCUUCCGUGUGUUUGUUGUUUGCUUACUUUAACCAACAUCCGCCAUCUUGUUAUGAGCUUUAGAUCUGUUUGCCGACAGCUCUUUUAUUGACAUUAGUGUGGCUGCUCCCUGCAGCUGUAUAUCCAGCCAAUCACAGAUGUGGACGGUACGCUGGACUGCUUCCGCUUCGGCAUCUCGUUGUCAGCCAACGGCCUGGUGAUAGGAGCCACCGUCAUGGAGGGCUUCUACGUCGUCUUCGACCGGGCUGAGAAGAGGGUGGGCUUCGCUGUCAGCAGAUGUGCAGGUGAGGGCUGGAGACACUUGGGGCAUAAAUUAUAUGAUUGGGUCUUAGAUACGGCCUUGGUCUUCCAAUAUAAUAUGGUUAUGGCUCUAGCAUCAGAAAAGUUUUUUUGGGGGGGCUAGUAAACGUUUAUCUGCUUGGUCAAGUGCUCUUCGUAUACCUAUCUCACAUUCCACAGUGCAUUAGCUAUUAUAACCCCGGUCCCUCUCUCUCUCCAGUGAACGGUGGGAUAGCCGUGUCAGAGAUCUCGGGGCCCUUCUCAUCUGCAGACGUGGCAUCUGACUGUGCUGCUGGAGGGCUGCUGAAGGAGCCCCUUCUCUGGGUCAUCUCCUACGCCCUGAUGGCCGUCUGUGUCGUGGUGCUCCUCAUCCUGCUCCUCCUCCUCGUCCUGCCCUGUCGUCCCCGAGACCGGUCCGGUGAGAUCACUGAUGAGUCCUCGCUGGUCCGCCACCGCAUCAAGUGACUGAGGCGGGCUUCGGGUGGGACGACGACCGGGAGUUCCAGUUCUACUGAGGCUGGGAGAGGGGAGGGGUUGGAGCUGCACUGACCAAUAGGACUGUUCUCUGGACACAUCAUGGAAAAAGAGACUGCAGUUUGACCAGAGAACGCUUUUCUUAGCUUAGAUGUUACCAGUUUUCUUUGCACUCCAGUUUCAUAGCAACCUCUGAUUAAUUUAGACAUGUUAUUAGACUGAAGGUUGGGUAGCAGAAAGGAAUAAUGCUAUCCUUAUGCCAGCCCAGUCCCUCCUUGCACAUAUUUCCUGCUGAUUCUACACUGCCUACAACAUGGUAGUGAAGUGCACUGUUGUCACCUGAGAGACAAGGUCCUAAUAACUCUUAAACAGUCAUGUUUCUUUUUACUUCUCAGAAGCCUGAACUCAAAAUAGGAUAUUAUAAAUUAGAUUCAAGUUUGUUGAAUGUUCCCCACAGGUAUCAUUACCAUUUUUUCAUGGCAAUUUUCUUAUUCUCUGCUGUGUGAUAAAAGGAGGAAUGUUUGGUAGGAAAUGUCCUUUGUCAAGCUGUUUCUCUUAUUUUAAGAGUUGGGGAGUUGACUAAAUGUUUUAAUUCACAAAGCACAACCAGGAGGUCACAGACAAUAGAAGAUGAUGCACAUAUUAUGUUGGGGUAAGAAAAUCACAUGGGAGGUAUUAUGAUAUAUCAACCUUUGUGGUUUACAAUGAUAUCAAGUCAUAGCCAUCUCAUAUGGGAACUAGCAUGGGUUUGCGACAUUCUGUUUACCUGCACUUUUCAAAUACUGAUCAAAAGUGUCAUAUUAUGAAUAUCAAUAUCACUCCAUCUGUAUGAGUGAGAGUGAAGCAAUCGACAGUAACUGUUAUAGGAUUUUGUAAUGACAUUGUUGUAUUGAUGUUAUGUACUUUUAUUAAUAUACAUAUUUUAUAUUUAAGUCAAUAUGAAUGUGAUUGUAUAAUAUUAUUUCAAAACCUCACCAUUAGUAGACACAUACAGAAAACUGAUUUGUAAGGGCACAUAUUUAUAUUAUAGUAUUUCUAUGUUAAAUAACGUUUUCUAAAUUUUACAACACCCAAAGUUACCCAUGAUUUCAAAUAGGGAGAUGUAUUGGCCAAACAAAUUGUUUAAGAUGUACUGUAUUUUUCUAUCAAAAGUUGUAAAAAAAUGUUUUGCAAAGGUGUUUGAUAGAAAAUCAGGUGCAGAUUUAAAUUGAACUGUUCAUGAUUGUUUGUUAAAAUGUGUUAACUGUAUAUCCGUGCCAAUGUUCUGAUUGUAUAUAAUUAAAUAGAUCAGAUUAAAGUAAA